GGAACGUCACUUGAGAUUUCAGUCUGUCGCACCGCGGCAUCAGCACAAGGUCCAAACGGACUCCUGACUAGGCUUUUGGAGCAUCUCGUUUUAUUUACCAAAAAAAGCAACCGUCCACCCUUAGGCAGCGGCUCUUUUUUGUCUAACGGUCCUCCAUGAGAUUCUUCAGGCUUACCUUCAAGUGCUUCGUCGACUGCUUCUGAGUCUACUGCGUCCCAAGGCGCCAGCUGACAUUUUUUUUUCGAUUUAAAAACAUCUCUUGGCUGAGCUGAGGGGUUUCAACGUGUGAAAAAACUGAGAUUUAUAAAUAUUCUUAAUUGUAUUUUUGUAUUUCCAAGAGGCGAAAUAAACUGAGAAAAUCAGAAAAGACAACUGGGGCACACUGCAUGGUGCUGAAUAUAUUUGCCUUCCUUGGCACGUUUAGCCAUCCUCGUCUAAUAACCAACAGCCAGCUCGCUUUUUCUAUUUAAUUUUGUUCCUGCCGCUGUCCAACAGUAUGUCGCCUGAGCUGGGAGAGAGUAGUCAAGGUGAAAUCAGCCUCCCCCAACUGGAGGCAGGAGACCUUUCUGAAGGGGAGGGUGGGGGAUCAGCUCACCCUCUGGUGCCUGUCCCUGGAGCAGGCCAAGGGUGCAGUGAAGCUGGAGGAGCUGGUCCCCCACUGACCCAGGACGGACCUGCCACUGGAACAGGGAAUGGGGUUGUUGCAGUCCCAGUUGUGGAAAGAGAAACCUGGACCAGACAGAUGGACUUCAUCAUGUCCUGUGUGGGAUUUGCUGUAGGCUUGGGCAAUGUGUGGCGAUUCCCUUACCUUUGCUACAAGAACGGAGGAGGCGUGUUCCUUAUCCCUUACUUGCUGAUAGUUUUCAUUGGCGGCAUCCCAGUCUUUUUUCUGGAAAUCGCUCUGGGACAGUUCAUGAAGCAGGGAGGGGUCUCUGCCUGGAACAUUGCACCUCUUUUCAAAGGUCUUGGCUUGGCUUCAAUGGUGAUUGUGUUUUUCUGCAACACCUACUACAUCAUGAUUCUAGUGUGGGGUCUCUACUUUCUUUUCCACUCCUUUACCAACCCACUGCCGUGGGCCACCUGUGGACACCCCUGGAACACUCCCAAUUGCACAGAGGACUUCCGUCGCACCUGCCACAACCGCAGUGCUACUCAGCUGUCCUCUGCUGCUCAAGACAUGAACUUGUCCUCAGUCAAGUUCCUCCUCAACAACAGCUGCAUGGAGACUGAAGGCAUGCGCUCCCCAGUCAUCGAGUUCUGGGAACGUAAAGUUCUCCGUCUGUCUGGUGGGCUUCAUGAGCCCGGUAACAUCAGCUAUGAGAUGGUGCUCUGUCUCCUUGCCACCUGGAUCAUUGUUUACUUCUGCAUGUGGAAGGGAGUUAAAUCUACAGGCAAGGUUGUAUACUUCACAGCUCUGUUCCCCUAUGUGGUUCUGGUUGUUCUGUUGGCCCAUGGUGUCACCCUACCUGGAGCUCUAGAUGGGAUUUUAUACUACCUGAAACCAGAUUGGUCCAAACUGGGAGAAGCACAGGUGUGGAUUGAUGCUGGUACCCAGAUUUUCUUCUCCUAUGCCAUCGGACUGGGUGCCCUUACUGCACUGGGCAGCUACAACCGCUUCCAUAACAACUGUUACCAAGAUGCGUUUGUGCUGGCCCUUAUUAACAGUGGAACCAGCUUCUUUGCCGGCUUUGUCGUGUUCUCUGUGUUGGGCUUCAUGGCUGCAGAGCAAGGUGUGGACAUCAGUAAGGUAGCUGAGAGUGGACCCGGUCUGGCCUUUAUAGCAUACCCCAAGGCUGUGACUCUGAUGCCUCUGGCCCCGCUUUGGGCAGCGCUCUUCUUCUUCAUGUUGCUCAUAUUGGGCCUGGACAGCCAGCGUCUCCUCCAUGCAGUGUGCAUCUUUUCUUGUGAUGACCACAUUGCCGUUAAGUUUGUCGGAGUAGAGGGUCUAAUAACCGGAAUCAUGGACAUGCUUCCUCACAAAUCCGCCAUGGCCUCCUUGCGGCGAGAGGUGGUAGCAGCCAUCUGCUGCGUCAUCUGCUUCCUCAUUGACAUGUCCAUGGUCACAGAGGGAGGGAUGUAUGUCUUCCAGUUGUUUGACUACUAUUCUGCCAGUGGCAUCACUCUGCUGUGGCAGGCUUUCUGGGAGUGUGUGGUGAUUGCUUGGGUCUAUGGUGCAGAUCGUUUCAUGGAUGAUGUGUCUCGUAUGAUUGGCUAUCAGCCCCUACCCUACAUGAAGUGGUGCUGGUCCUACGUAACGCCCUUUGUCUGUGUGGGAGUGUUCCUAUUCCAUGUGGUCAACUACAAGCCCCUAACUUACAACACUGUGUACACCUACCCCUUGUGGGGUGAAGCGCUUGGCUGGGCAUUGGCCCUUUCCUCCAUGCUUUGUAUCCCACUUACUGUUGUCUACAAGUUGCUGCGCUGCAAAGGAUCACUGCGGGAGCGCUGGCAGCACUUAACCACACCAGUUUGGGGCAGACAUCACCUGGAUUACCUCGCCCCAGAGAGCGAAGCCAAACUGCUGCCUUCUGCAGGAUCCAAGAAUACCCAUCUCUUUGAAAGUGUUAUCUAACAGUCAAAGCCCCAUAGAGCUCAGGAGCCAAGGUUGUCCUUUUAACAUCAGCCCCCUUACACCAAUUCACCAAUUACUAAAAAUAUUUACACCCCACUCUGGACUGUGUAACCUAAAAUGUCAUAACUAUGGAAAAAAAAGAUGUCACAGAUGGACCAAAUAUCGGUUUGGAAAAGACACAUACCCACAGUUAAGACAACUUCUACUCUUCUCGGCUUCUGACUCUACUUCACUAUCUCUCGCUUUUUCUGCUCCCUGCUUCUUGUGCUGUCCUGUCUCUUGUGCGAUAUGUUCCUUGUGGUUUCACUUAGGCGCUCUCUUGUCAGGGUUUCAACAGCCUUUUUCGUUCCAUACUGUCACAUCAUUUUGAGAACAUUAACUGAAAAUAUUAGCGUGAAACCUCAUAUCUGCUGCUGCAAACCACGGUCUGAGAUGUAAGUACUGUGUGUAUGUGCCAGAGCUUGGCAGCAGUGUCCUCGCAUUGCUUUCCUCCAACUGUACAAAAAUCACUUCCACUUGUAAAUAUAAAAAGAAGACAAUCCAUCUCCACUUCCAAAUGUGUUGUGAACUAACCUACGUGUCAAGUGUUUGGUAGGCUCUGUGAUUCAGUGUUAUCAAUUUUCGGACUGCAUCAUGAUCAGUAUUUUCACCCUAAGAGAGAAAGUUAGACUAGUGUGAGCAAUGUGGAAGGAAAGGCGAGUGUGUGGAUAGUCAUGAAAGACUCAAUAAAAGACCAAAAAUUGAA